GAUUCAAAAAUGAAAGGAACCAACACCAUCCUCCAAAAUGAGUCUUUAGAUUUUCAUCCCCUGGAUCGAUUGUAUCAGACUACGCUGUACAACCCCAAAUUCUGUCUUGCUAUAACGCGCCCUGAACUGCUUCCACUUCACCGUCCCUGUGUUCAGCAUUUGAACAAUGCACAUCAUCUUGCCAGCAUAUCACAGAUAACUGUUUAUGACGAGUCCGAAACCGAGUUUUCAAUCAGCAAUCGAAUGUCUUGCUACGAUCACAUGAACCGUUACGCGGGAUCUCUCCCCAUUAUGAAAAGGCCAGACUGUAUUCAGUAAUUGAUAGUUUGCCUGCCAUAUAAAUAUCAUCAUCAUCAUAUGAUACCCGAUACCCGAUACCCGAUAUUCGCCCUAGUCCACCCCAAAUCGUGCGAUUCCCUUCUGGAGAAAUCUACUGACUCAUAUUCUUACGCUGUGCAUCCCAAGUGUGACUCGCUUUGCUCUCAACAGCGGGCACGGGAUAUCUCAAGCCAAUUCUGAUACAUGAGAAUCGAUGAUUAUUGAUACACCGAAAGUCCAAAGCAAGGCUAAACUAGCGCGGCCUUAUACAGUAUUCGUUGCGACCAAGCUAGCACUAAAACUACCAAAUAAAUAGAUUGGCAUGGGGGUUUAAGAAAAGCGUGCUAGUGUAAGCCUUGGAAUGGGAGCACGGUUUCCCAUUCCCAGGGCAAUAUGUGGAAUCGGUCCGAUAGCGUGAACGGUUCCGACAUCAUUUGUGUUCGGACGAAAAUGGAAAAUGGCAAAGAGAGGUGAGUCAAUGUGAGUCGGAGACAGCCUCGCUUAUGCGUAUGAGUAUUCACAAGAGUAUGGUGAAUAUGGUUACCACGGUCGCGUCUAACCCGUGUCCUUGUAUGAUUUGGUACACUCGAAGGGCUGGGCUGUCAGCCAAACUUAUCAAGAACCUAUUGCUUUUAGUCAGCUUGUAUCUUCACAUCUUUCUAUAGGCUUCUCAAGGAGGCUCCAAGAUGAGCUUUAUCAGCAAACACCUUUUUUGAACUUUUUUGUACUCGCCUACUUUUUGUUACCCUUUUUAUCAUCCUUUUUAAGUGUAGGAACCACUGUAACUUCCAAUCAAAAAAAACCGAGUUAUAUCAUUGUUGAAGAAGUCGGAGGACUGUUUUCACAUAGAUGGAUGUUGCUCUUCAUGAAGCACUCCAAACAGUAUGAUGGCUUGAUUGUCCAUGGCACGAGAAGAUUUCGC